AUGCAACCGAACUCUGGUUCUUCGUCGGGAAGCCUCCAGACCUGCAUUUGUGGUUUUGUUGCAAGGAUUUUUACAUCUAAAACAGAGAGAAACCUUGGGAGACGGUUUUUCGGCUGCCCAUUGUACAAGGAAGGUGGAACGGAGCAUUGCAAAUUUUUUAGGUGGCUAGAUGAGAAAGUAGAAUUGGAUAAAGUCAUCGCUGACAAUGUUGAGAAGGAUAUUGUUAUACGUCAAUUGAGAAUGACGAUUAUGGAACUACAAUAUGAUAUGACGAAGGAAGCUGAGGAUGUAGCAAAAGUCAUCAAAAGGCAACGAAUUCUCUUGGCUGGGUUGUCCGCAUUUAUCGUAUUAGCAUUUCUUCUUAUUGUCUUUGGUUGA